UCACCUUGUACUGUGUACUGCAGCUUCAGACUUCAGUCUUCAACUUGAUACCCCUCUCAUCCUACAUACCACCCCGAGCAUGUCUUCAUUCUUUGGCCUCGGGAAGACGCGGACGUUCAAGCCCAGGAAGGACGUGCCCGAGGGCACCAAGCAGUACCAGCUGCGCAAGUAUGCUGAGGCGACGCUGGGAUCGGGCAAUCUGAGGCUGGCGGUGCAGCUGCCGGAGGGGGAGGACGAGAAUGAGUGGUUAGCUGUCCACGCGGUGGACUUCUUCAACCACCUGAACAUGCUCUACGGGACCGUCACCGAGUUCUGUACCCCUCAGGAGUGCCCGAUCAUGUCCGCCGGCCCACGCUACGAAUACCUGUGGGAAGACGGCGUGAAGUACCGCCGGCCGACCAAGCUGCCCGCGCCCGAGUACGUCGACGCGCUCAUGAACUGGGCGCAGGGCAUCCUGGACGACGAGGCGAUCUUCCCCAACAAGAUCGGCGUGCCGUUCCCGCGGGGCUUCCGCGACACGGUGCGCACGAUCAUCCGGCGGCUGUUCCGCGUGUACGCGCACCUGUACAGCAACCACUUCGACCACAUAUGCGCGCUGGGCAUCGAGGCGCAUCUGAACACCAGCUACCGGCAUUUCUUCCUGUUCGUGCACGAGUUCGACCUGAUCGACAAGAAAGAGCUCGCGCCCCUGGACGAGCUGAACGACGCCAUCCUCGCCGAGGACAAGCGGUGACCUCCUCAUCACCCCGUGUUAUCACCAUCAUACACGUAUUGUACAUACCUACGCAUGCAUGCUUUCAAUGUCCGUCGCUCCCAAGUUCGGGAUGCAUA